AUGACUCAAGGGAGGGAGCGGGGCGGAGGGAUCCACGCUCGCAGAGGCUGCCGGGACUGUAGGCGAACCGGGCACUCUCCACAGCUCUUCUGUGGCGGAGAGGGGAGGGUCACCUGCAGCGAGGUGUCCCAUAUUCACUUGCAUGAACAGGGCUCAGUGGAGAUGUUUGAGCAUCUGGUUAAUUCUAAUAAACUCAAACCUGUCAUGGAACACUAUGGUCUCAUCCCUGAGGAAGAUAUUUGCUUUAUCAAGGAACAAAUUUUGGGACCACCUAUAACACCAAUCAAAGAUUGUUCGUGGCCGUAUAAAGGACGUCCUAGAGAGAAAAGCUUCCUGUAUGAGAUAGUGGCUAAUAAAAGAAAUGGCAUUGAUGUGGACAAAUGGGAUUAUUUUGCCAGUUUCAUCAAAUUGACAGAUAACAUUUUUUUGGAAAUUUUAUACUCUACUGAUCCCAAAUUGUCGGAGGCACGAGAAAUUUUAAGAAAUGUUGAAUACCGCAAUCUAUACAAGUAUUUGGGUGAGACCCAGCCAAAUGGACAUGACAAGAUUAGAAAGGAAGACUAUCAGCGCCUUCCGAAAGACGUUGCCAAUGCUAAACCUAGUGAAAUAGUCCUGGAAGCUGAGCUGAAGGCUAAGGAUUUCAUAGUGGAUGUUAUCAACACGGAUUAUGGAAUGGAAGACUCUCCAAUUGAUCAUGUUCACUUCUAUUGUAGUGAUACCAGGAAGGCGAUCAUGAUUACUAAAGAUCAG